AUGCGUUACACUGUUGCCGCCGCUCUCCUGGCCUCUUCGGCCAUGGCCACCAAGGACGUUGUCUACCAGACUGAGCUCGUCACCAUCACCUCUUGCGGUCCUGAGGUCACCAACUGCCCUGCUCGAUCCACCGUCGUCAGCACCACCUCUUACCCCGUUGUCGAGACCUCUGAGGCUCCCAUCCCCACCUACGAGGCUCCCGAGCCUACCUCUGAGGCUCCCGAGACCACUGAGGUUCCUCUGACCACCUCCACCAUCUACAGCACCAACAUCAAGACCAUCACCUCUUGCGGUCCCGAGGUCACCAACUGCCCUGCUCGAUCCACUGUCGUCACCACCGAGACCUACGCUGUUUCCACCACCGUCUGCCCUGUUGGUGAGCCCAGCAAGCCCGCUCAGCCUGAGAAGCCUGAGCAGCCUACCAAGCCCGUCUACGAGCAGCCCAAGCCCAGCAAGCCUGCUGAGACUCAGCCCGUGUAUGAGCAGCCCAGCAAGCCUGUCUACGAGCAGCCUUCUCAGCCCGCUACUCCCGGAAAGCCUACCUACCCCGGAAAGCCUUCCCAGCCCGCUCCCCACCACAACGGCACUGUUCCUGUCUACCCCAACCCUCCUGCUGAGUCCAGCAACAAGCCCGUUGUCCCCGCUACUCCCGUCCCUGAGGCUCCCGAGUGCGUUCCUUCUCAGUCUGUGACUGCCAUCACCAAGAGCUACACCACGGUCCUCACCACCGUUGAGUACUCUACCAUCCAGGUUCCCUGCCCUACUGGCGGCAACCCUGGCUACCCCAGCCAGCCCGGCAACCCUACCGGCCCUGCUGUUCCCCCUCCCGCCGCCACCACCCCCGCUGGUGGUAACCCUCCCGCUCACGGCAACGAGACUGUCCCCACUCAGCCUCCUGCCGUGACUGCUGGCGCCGCCACCUUCGCCGGCUCUGCCUUCUUCGCCGCUGCCGCCGGUAUCGCCGCUUUCCUCCUGGCUUAA